AUGGCAGAUGAAUCGGAGAAACCUCGACCAAGCCAGGAUGGCAGUGAGUCGUCCUCACACCCUCCCCCAGAAAAGGAAACCGAAGGCAGUAUUUCAGACUAUCUACGAAUCUUCAGAUAUGCCGACAAAUACGACUGGACUCUCAAUGUCAUCGCGCUCAUCUGCGCCAUCGGAUCCGGGGCUUCCCUUCCUCUGAUGUCGAUCAUCUUCGGUAGCUUCACCAACAAGUUCAACAAUUACAAUUCGGGCGACGGGAGUCCUGAAGCGUUCAAGGCCGAUGUGGAUCAUUUCGUCCUGUGGUUCGUCUACCUCUUUAUUGGGAAGUUUGUCCUCACGUACGUUUCCACGGCUGCCAUUACCAUUUCAGCUAUACGAACCACUCGAACUCUUCGACGAGUGUUCCUUGAAUGCACCUUGCGGCAAGAGGUCUGGCAUUUCGACAAGCAGAGCAAUGGAGCAAUCGCCACUCAGGUCACUACCAAUGGCAACCGUAUACAAACAGGUAUUGCCGAGAAAUUGGUCUUUACCGUGCAGGCACUUUCAAUGUUCUUUUCUGCAUUUGUGGUCGCUUUGGCGUCUCAGUGGAAGCUAGCUUUAAUCACCAUGUCCGUCAUCCCUGCCAUUUUCCUGGUCACCGGCAUCUGCAUAGCAAUUGAUGCCGCUCAGGAGGCCAGGAUCACCAGGAUCUACUCACGCGCCGCUGUCCUCGCAGAAGAAGUCUUAUCAUCCAUCCGGACAGUCCAUGCUUUCUACGCCCAGAAGAAAAUGGUCGAAAAAUAUGAUGUCUUUUUGCAGCAAGCACACCAAGAAGGGAAGAAGAAAUCGCCAAAUUAUGGCGUCUUGUUCUCAACUGAGUACUUUUGCAUUUACGCUGCUAUCGCACUGGCCUUUUGGAAAGGUUUUCGCAUGUAUCAGAAUGGCGAGGUUGCCGACGUUGGCAAAGUCUUUACUGUUGUCCUUUCCGUCACCUUAGCAGCCACGUCCAUCUCAAUGCUUGCGCCUCAGGUUCAGUCGUUUACCAACGCCGCAUCUUCGGCCUCCGAAUUAUUCAGUAUCAUUGACAAACCCACGCAGCUCGACCCUCUCGACCCUUCUGGAAAGCAGCCAGAGGGCUGCCUAGGUCAAAUUGAGAUCCAAAACCUGGCAUUUGCCUACCCCUCCCGACCAUCUGCCCAAGUACUUCGAGAUUUCAACUUGACAAUUCCAGCUGGCAAGACGACGGCCCUCGUCGGUGCAUCAGGUAGCGGCAAAAGCACAAUGGUCGGCUUACUUGAACGGUGGUAUCUGCCCAGUUCGGGGAGGAUAUUACUUGAUGGGUUGGAACUGGGACAAUACAAUGUGAAAUGGCUGAGAAGCCGCAUUCGCCUCGUUCAACAGGAACCUGUGUUGUUUCGUGGCACAAUCUUCCAGAACAUUGCCAACGGUUUCAUGGAUGAGCAACGAGAUCUGCCUCGCGAAAAACAAAUGGAGCUUGUGCAAAAAGCUUGCAAAGCCAGCAAUGCCGACGUGUUCAUUAAUGAGCUUCCGAACGGUUAUGAGACUGAAGUUGGCGAGCGAGCCGGAGCCUUGAGUGGAGGUCAACGACAACGAAUUGCAAUCGCACGAAGUAUCAUAUCGGAUCCGAAGAUCCUGUUACUCGAUGAAGCUACCAGCGCCCUUGACCCGAAGGCGGAGAAAGUGGUCCAGGAGGCCUUGAACCGAGUGUCCAAAGACCGCACUACUUUGGUCAUUGCCCACAAACUAGCCACUGUCAAAAGUGCUGACAACAUCGCAGUCAUUUCCCAGGGGAAAAUCGUCGAGCAAGGCACACACCACGAAUUGAUCCAACGCAACGGUCAUUACGCCGCACUGGUGCGUGCACAGGACCUCGGGGCUGACGAACAAGAAGAACAUGAGAAGACCCUGCACGAAAAGGCAGCACGAGAAGCUGCUGGUGAACGACCGGCACUUGAGCGCACUCACACCACUGCCACAUCUCAAGCUGGAGACCUGGAGAAGCGGAAGGUGCCGGUCGGGACUUUGGGCUACUCGCUCCUAAAAUGCAUCCUAAUCAUGUUCUACGAACAAAAAAAUCUCUACUGGUGCUUCUUGUUGUCAACAAUAGCGGUUCUGAUAUGCGCGGCCACAUUUCCAGGACAAGCCCUUUUGUUUUCGAGAUUGCUCACUGUCUUCGAGUUGAGUGGUCAUGCGGCACAGGAACGGGCAGACUUUUAUAGUCUGAUGUUCUUUGUCGUGGCUCUAGGAAAUCUAGUAGGAUAUUUCACGAUUGGCUGGACAUGCAACGUUGUUUCACAAGUUGUCACCCAUCGCUAUCGAGCCGAAAUGUUCCAGCGAGUACUGGAUCAAGACAUCGAAUUCUUCGACAUCCCGGAGAAUACUUCUGGUGCUCUCACAUCGCAACUGUCAGCUCUACCCACGCAGUUGCAGGAGUUGAUAUCAGCAAAUAUUCUUCUCAUUUUUAUCGUUGUCGUCAACAUCGUCUCGAGCAGUGCUCUAGCACUAGCCUAUGGAUGGAAACUGGGCCUGGUGGUUGUGUUUGGUGCACUUCCACCCCUGCUUUUGGCUGGCUACCUCAGAAUUCGUCUUGAGACGAAGCUAGAAGCCGGAAACUCGGCAAACUUUGCAGAAAGUGCUGGGCUUGCAAGCGAAGCAGUUACCGCGAUCCGGACCGUCUCAUCUUUGACUCUCGAAGGCCAUGUUCUCCAACAGUACUCGGACAUGUUGAGCAAGGUCGUGCUAAGAUCAUCCAAAGCUUUGGUUUGGACGAUGUUUUGGUUCUCACUGUCACAGUCGAUCGAGUUUCUGGCUAUGGCCCUGGGAUUUUGGUAUGGCAGUCGACUACUGGCUUCAGGUGAGUACGACACAACUCAAUUUUAUAUCAUCUUCGUGGGCGUUUUGUUUGCCGGUCAAGCAGCAGCCCAGUUCUUCGCCUACUCCACGAGUCUUACCAAGGCUCGGUCGGCUGCGAACUAUAUCCUCUGGCUGCGGACAUUGAAGCCGACCAUCCGCGAAACGGAGGAGAACAAGAAAAAAGGGCCAGUGGGUGGAUGCCCUGUCGACCUCGAGGACAUUGAAUUCAGGUAUCGUCAACGUGAUUCGGCUCGAGUUCUCCGCGGGGUUUCCAUGACAAUCGAGCCAGGACAAUUUGUAGCUUAUGUGGGCGCUUCUGGCUGUGGCAAGUCAACGUUGAUCGCUUUGUUGGAACGAUUCUACGACCCGACCUCGGGCCGAAUUUCAUUUGCACACGAGAAUAUUGCAGAAAUGUCGCCGCGCUUGUACCGCGGCCAUAUGUCUUUGGUCCAACAGGAACCCACACUUUACCAAGGCUCCGUUCGCGAGAAUGUGACGUUGGGCCUCGAAUUCGAACCAUCAGAAGAGCUUGUCAAGGACGCCUGCCGCAAGGCCAAUGCUUUGGAUUUUGUCAUCUCUUUACCAGAAGGCUUUGAAACGCCCUGCGGCUCACUAGGGAUGCAGUUCUCCGGCGGGCAACGACAGCGGAUCGCCAUCGCAAGAGCAUUGAUUCGAAAUCCAAAGCUGUUGCUACUUGACGAAGCGACGUCAGCCCUCGACACGCAAUCGGAACGUCUGGUUCAAGCUGCCCUCGAUGAGGCAUCCACGAGCCGAACGACAAUAGCAGUGGCGCACCGACUUUCCACUAUUCGGAAUGUUGAUGUUAUUUUUGUGUUUGCCAACGGGAGAAUCGCCGAAACGGGCACUCACGCGGAACUACAACGACUGAGAGGAAGAUAUUACGAGAUGUGUUUGGCACAAUCUCUAGACCAAGCAUGA